AAUAGCUGUAUUAGUAAUCUUAUAAAUAGUAGACGCCCAAAUUGCACGCUUAUCAACGCUGACCACAUUAGCAACCUAGAAGAAGUACAACCCGGAAUACUAUUUUUGAACAAUUAUAAUGGUUUAAUCGAAAUAGAUGGCAAAUCAAUAGAACUGAAUGGAACAUUUAUAAUCCAACACCACAACUCCACUAUCAAGACGCCAUUCGAAGAAAUAUUAUCCUUGCAGAUGAUGAAAGGUCUCCAAAUACAAAAUUUGAAGAAGCUGGAGACGAUCAACAAAAUCAAUAAAGUGGGUUUAACCUCCAAUACAGCACUCACAAUAUCCAUAAUAAUAGCUGUCAUACUACUUGCACUUAAAAUUUUUGGAAAAAGAAAGCCGAAGGACUUUCAAAGGAAUUGUAAUAAACCAAACGCCCUUGGUACUCCUGAAUCUACGGAGAUGCGAACAGGGACGUCCGCACUUGAGGAGGGAGGAGCUAACGCAACACCUCACAUUCCUCAACCAAAAUAUGAUGGUAACCCAACACCCCACAUGCGCAACGUUUUAGCUAACGCAACAGUUCACACACCUGAACCAAAAUAUGCCGGUAACCCAACACUCCACACGCGCAACGGUUUUGAAGAGAUACCAGAGCAGCGAUUGGCGUUUCCGUGGGAAACGCCUAUUCAGCAAAGUAUGGGUCACGUUGCUGGCACACGGGCUUAGCUUUAGUAUUAGAGUUAAGAAUAAUUGUAAGUUCAGUUGUAAAUUUAGUUUCAACGAAUAAAGACCGUUCA